GUUUUCCUUUACCUAAUGUGACGUGGUGGAAAGGAGAUGAAUUGUGGGAUGACAGCUUUCAUAACGAGUCUGACAGCGUUGUCAACUACUUAGAGUUGUUUGAUUUAAAAAGAGAGGAGCUUUUUGUUACUUUCCAGUGCAAGGCUGAGAAUAGUAAUCUCACUUUGCCUGUCACUAAGUCUAUCAUCAUCGAUUUGCUUCUCUAUCCUUUGACAGUCACUCUCAUAAAUAAACCAAAGUGCCUACAUGCAUGGAAACCUGCUGAAAUCACAUGCAGUUCUCUGGGAUCCCGCCCACCAGCGAAGAUCUCUUGGCGUUUGAACAAAACUGUACUAGCAGCUCAUGCAGAAACCGUCCAUGAUAACAUCACAACCUCUGUUCUUCACUUCUUGCCUAAGCCCCAGUUUCAUCUACAUUCACUUUCUUGCUUAGCUUCAAAUCCAAAUUUGCAGAACAAUUCUUUAUACGACGUUUUAUUGCUCAAUAUCACAUAUGUACCUCAAGUGUCUCUUCGCUUAAUAAAGGAAGAAAUUAAUCAAGAACCAAAAGAAGAUGACUAUUUAAGAUUGGUAUGUGAUGUGAACGCCAAUCCUCCCGUAUCGAAGCUUGAUUGGCUCCUGAACGGUUCAACACUAUCUCACAACGUAUCAAAAACAGAUAUUGUAAAUAACAACAUAUUAGUAUUCAAGAGAUUAACACGUCACAACAGUGGUCGCUACAGAUGUAUUGCAGUAAACGUAGAAGGGAGAGGUCUCAGCGAAGAACUGGUUCUCAAUGUUAGCCAUGCCCCAGUGUGUAAAAAGAAUCAACAAAUAACGUAUGUGGCAGGACUUCACGAGAAGAUUGCUAUUCGAUGCGAAGUUGAGGCAGUUCCUUCAGAAGUUACGUUCAAGUGGGAAUUUACGAACACCAUACAGAAGCACUACAAUCUUCAACACACCACAGAAGGCUUAGUCAGCACAGCCAUCUAUACACCCAUGUCCGCUGCAGAUUACGGAACACUUUUUUGUUGGGCAAAUAACAGUGUUGGUCAUCAGCUAUCUUCGUGCUUUUUUACCGUUGUAGCACCAGCUUGCGAAUCGGAGCACAAUAAAAUCAACACAUCUGGUUCCUUAAAAGAUAGCACUGGAGAGAUAUGGCAACAUUCAGCUUUCACAGCUGGGACUAGCGUUGCUGCAUGCAUUGUUAUAAUAUCAGCUGUAUGUGCCUUCUAUUUAAGGAAAAUGCACUUGAAAAAGAAGCAUAGAACAGUCAGGAAAAUAAUAGAUGAAGAACUCAACACAUUCAACAGAGUACAGUGUUUGAACGGAGGACUGCAGCCACAUAUUCAUAUUCCAAAGUGAAACAUAAUCUAUUUCAUCAUCUAAAUGUUUGUAACUUCUUUUUAGUAUGCAUUAUCAGUUUUUUAUUUACAGUAAAUGAAAUAUAAAUGUAAUGCAUUUCCCUGGUAAAUUUCGAAAUUAAAUAGCAGGGUUUUUGUUCAAACUAAUUAUCAUUGACGAAUUUGUGCUAUGAUGCUCUAAUGUUUUCUUACAAGUUUGUUCUAAUAGAAACUUACUGUUUUUCAUUUCAUAAGUUUUAUGAAUCUCUUUAGUCAAAUUUAAUGGCAUUGAAAUAUUUAUUGUAAGUUUCGAAAUACAAUUAGUGUUUAAUGCUUGAGAUUAUUUUUUAUUUUGGAACAUUUUCUUACAGUUUAUUAAAACUGCAAUAUUUUUUCCUCUAAAUUUCCACCUUUUACUUUGUUUAAAUCAUCCCCUCUAAUUUUUUUGCAAAUCCAUCUUAUUCUUCUACUAUAUUGCGUGUUAUAUUGAAAAGCAUUAUUAAUAAUGAACUUACACAUUCUGCCUUCGCACUUCAAAUCUUGAUUAUGUUAUGUUGCAACUAUCUUCGUUCGAAUGUGUAAAUUAUUUUACAUUAAUAGUAAGCUAUAAAAAUUGUAUGCCAACAUACUAUAUUGUCAUCGAUUGCACCUUUGUCGGAUUACUUGUUUUCCUAACUUAAUUAUAUAUAUAUUGAUUGUAAAUAUUAGAAGAUUACAGUUUGAUUCAUUCAUUAAGCAGUUCUUCAACUAUUGAAAUAAAGCGCUUUUUUCUGGUUUAUGGACAUAAAAAGAAUCCAAAUUUUAUAGCUGCAAUUUUGGACUAAAAUUGAAAUUCAGCAAUGUAGUUUUAAUCUAAAAAGGUGAAAUUUAGCUAAAGGAAUUAAUAUAACCACUGAAACAAUCCAUGAAUUUCCACUUUCCACGCCAAUAACUUUCUUUCGAGUAAUAUGUUUAUGAUUCCGUCUCUAUAUUAUUAAUGCGUUACAGAUGGAAAAUCAUAAAGAAAUUCAAUAGUUACUAGAUGGUUAAGAGCAUAAGCUACAAAUUUUGCUUAACUGUAGAUUUACCACAAUAUAACAACAACAUUAACAAAAAUCUAUAUAGAGUUAACUAACGUAUUUUAUCAGAUAAUAUGAUGGAUAACUAACUAUUACUGUGAUUAUUAUGACUACAAAAUGUUUUAAGUAACUGUUGCCAUAUGUCGGAAAUUAAACCUAAUCGUCUUUGCAUCGAGCAUACUCAAACAUUGUUUCUUCUUUAUCAAACAUGCCGUAAUAUACAGCAUACUUAGUAAGAAAUACAUUAUAACAUAUUAAGCGUAAUAUUUCAACAUAUCAUUAUUAAUAAUAAUAUGAUGAAAUCAUAUGAAUAAAUACGAUUUCAGAAAACAUGCAAUAUGUUUUUAUGAUAACAUGCGUAUGAUUAACCAUUCAUUUCUUCCAGAAAACGUCCAUCGAUUCUCAUCGCCAGUUGCUGCUGCUACCAUCAUUUUAAGUUAUUAUACAGUUGACGAUGAAUAUUGCCUCUUGGAUGAUGGAUUGAAAAAUGUAUAUAGUGCAAAAAAUAGUUUCUAAACUUCAAGAAGAUAUGCGUCUUUCUUUCAGAGAUAAGCAUAGUAGAAAAGUUUCAAGAAGUCGUAGCAUAAAAAUAUUUCCUUCUAGGAAAGAUUCACGAAAAGGAAAUUAAUGCCAAAAUUUCACGGGAAAAAAAGAAGUAAAGCUCUGGUGUAAAGAAUAACACUGCAUAUUGCAUUUAGCUAAAAAUGUAAUUUUUAUACUGAUCUGAAGUAAUGAUCUUAAGGACAAACACACAUCGAAUAAAACCUUGCGGAUAUGAUUGAAGUUUUCAGGCAUUUUCUUCAAUACCAUUCAAAGGAACUUAUAAUUUAAAAAAUGAUAGUUUUUAAUUUGUGUAAGUAGUACGUUUAAAUCCAGACACCUUUCUAUAUAAUGCGGCAAAAUUUUGAAAUGAUGAUAUCAGAAGUAAAGAUAGUUGAAUUUAACAAUGUAAUAAUUAUUUAUUUAAAUGAAGAUAAUAUUGACGUAUUGUUACGAAGCACCUUAGCCUCAAAGUUAAAAUGAUUUAUAAGUAAUAUUCAUCAUUUUUAUUUAAUAUCUUGUUUAGUCAAAGACUAUUAUUAGAGUGAAAAAAGCAAUAUGUUAUAAUCUAACUGUAAGGAAAUAUUGAAAAGGAAAACUAUCCUGCAUAAUAGAUAUAGGAUCGUUUGAACUUCAACAAAAUUUUCCAGAAUAAAAACACUUGCUUCUUAUUUUAUAAUACUACCAAGUGGCAAGCCCGCCGGAUGAGCGGGCUGCGGCCAAAGCAAAUUUACAAGUUCUAUAAGCACCUGAAAAGAAAUGCGCAAAAACAUUUCAUUAUGAAUGAAAUCAGUUCAACCUUUCCAAGGAAUAACCAAUUCAUAAAUAAUUUUUUAUUGCUAAACCAGGAAACAAAACCUUUUGACUCCUCAAGUUAACACAAAUACGCAUGACGUUAUGAUUUAAAUUUAAUGUAAUAUAGAAAACAAAUUAACGUACGCAAUAACAUACCGUGUCAAUUAUACUUUUCUGAAACAAAAACGUUGCCAAUAGCAGCUCCUUAUUUAAAAUGCUGAUAAUAAAUAUUAAAUAAUGGUGCUAAUUUGGUAGACGACUGCACGGAUUUUGGCGAUUUUUUCUUUUUUUUUUUUUUUUUGGCAAGCGAUACGACUUAUGGUAAACUCAUUGCUAGACAAGUUAUUUAUAGCAACCGAUACUUUCUUGUCAUUUUUAAAUAAUAAUGCAUUGUGUUAUGCAUAAAUUCUGUGUUUUGAAUAUUAUUUAUGGCUUCUAAAUAUUAAAAAUCAAU